CAGAAUUUCAGACCGAAUGAACAAGUUGGGGUAAAACAACAAUUCAAUAUUUUUUCAUUGUUUAGUUUUAUUUUAUUCCGGCUGCAGUCAAGACGUGUCGGUUGCUAAAAUAAUUUCAAUAAUGAGUGUAAAAGAAUGUUGUCAUGGCCCUGGCUAUGCCACUCCACUUGAUGCCAUGAAAACUGGUGCCCGUGAAAAGUUAUUAUAUACUAUAACAGUGCAACCAAAUUUGGAUGAACCCCAUGGUGAUUACUUAUCAACUGUCGACGUUGAUCCAGACAGUCCUACAUACUGUCAAGUCAUCCAUCGCACAUUUACUAAUCGCAAGGGCGAAGAAAUACAUCAUACAGGAUGGAAUGCAUGUUCAAGUUGUUACUAUGUGGACAAAAAUGCCAAGCGUAUCCCCAAAAGAGACAGAUUAGUUAUGCCAGCUGUUAAUUCCGAUAACAUUUAUGUAAUGGAUAUCGCGACCGAUCCUCGAAAGCCUGAAAUUGUUAAAGUCGUUGAUGGAGACGUCCUUAAGAGUCACAAUGUCACCGCACCUCACACCACUCACUGUUUGGCUGAUGGCAACAUAAUGAUUUCUACAAUGGGUGAUGCAGAGGGCAAUGCCAAGGGUGAUUUCGUACUCUUCGAUUCGGAAUUCAAUUGUCUGGGCACUUGGAUUAAAGGCGAUAAAAAACCCCUCUGUGGUUAUGAUUUUUGGUAUCAGCCAUAUUUUGAUGUUAUGGCAUCAUCCGAAUGGGCAGCCCCCAAAAAAUUCAGAAGAGGUUGGAGGGAUGAAGACAUAAAUGAUCUUACAGAAUAUGGAUGCCGUAUAAAUUUCUUUAAAUGGUCGACGCGUACCUUGUACCAAACAAUUGAUUUGGGCCUUGAAGGUUUUACCCCGCUAGAAAUUCGUUUUAUGCACGAUCCCAUGAGACCAGAGGGUUUGGUCGGUUGUGCUCUCAAUGCUAAUGUGUUCUACUUUAAAAAGAAGGAAGAUUCUGAUGAAUUUGAUUACAAAAAAGUAAUUGACAUUCCUUCCAAAUUGGUACAAUUUGGUGACAGCGAACCUCAAGAAGUAGGUGGCAUGAUUUCGGACAUUGUUUUAUCUCUCGAUGAUCGUUAUUUGUACGUUAAUCUAUGGCGUCAUGGUGAUGUUCGUCAAUACGACAUUACUGAUCCAGAAAAUCCAAAGUUGACGGGACAAGUAUUUAUAGGUGGUCCCAUAUGUAAAGACUUAGCUGAUGUCAAAGUACUUGAGGAUCGAGAGAUGGAUGAACGCCCAGAACCAGUCUAUCUGAAAGGAAAACGUCUUGAAGGAGGACCCCAAAUGAUGCAAUUGUCCUUGGAUGGUAAACGUUUGUACGUUUCGACAUCUCUUUUCUCUGCAUGGGAUAAAAUGUUCUAUCCCAAAAUGAUUGAAAAGGGAGGUCAUAUUUGUAUGAUUGAUAUAGAUGUCAAGAAUGGUGGCAUGAAAUUAAAUGAAGAUUUCUUUGUUGAUUUUGGUAAUGAGCCUUAUGGACCAGCACUACCACAUGAGAUGCGUUACCCCGGUGGUGACUGUACAUCUGAUAUCUGGUUAGCUAGAUAAAUACAAAUAUAUUAAUUUUAAAUUAUGCUUUUCAAUACUGUUUUAUAUUUUUUUAAAUAAGCGAAUUUCUGUAAAUAAAUAUUUAUAAAUAUGUAAA